AGACGAGGUUCAAAGUUCACUGUUGGAGCCACAGCAAAAUGUCGCUAUGAGAGUAAGCGGAAGUUUCAUGUACCAGCAGCCGGCAAUUCGUUAGUGAAACUCAGGAGAAUGAAGCAACUAUUGUCACAAAAAAGUUUUGUUCUUACAGCUUUUAGCUUUGCAUUGGUUCGUGUUUCAUAUUGUUCCGUAGAAAAUGUCCAGGUUGUUCAUCCGCGCAUAAACAUACCUAAGAUUGCAAAAUAUUUUGGUACGAAAGGCAGAUACGAGGAAGUAAAUCCAUAUCUACUGGACGACAUACGUGCUAUAAACAAAACGCUUUUGAAACCUCCGUCUGUCGACUGCGUCCCAGUACAUCUUACCGCAGUCAUUAGGCAUGGUACGAGAUAUCCGACAGCAAAAAACGUCCAAAAGAUACAGCGUCUGUACGAUCUUGUAUCAAGGGAGGCAACGAACGACGAGAAAUGGCUGCACGACAUUAUAACUAAAUGGAAGAUGUGGUACACUGACGACAUGGAUGGUCAGAUUGUAGAAAAGGGUCGAGAUGAUCACAGGCACUUAGCUGUCAGACUGGCCAAAUCAUUCCCAUCUUUGAUCUCUGAAGAGAACCUCCGUAGCAAUCGUAUUAAAUUCAUAACCAGCUCAAAACAUAGAUGUGUGGACAGUACGGUUGCUUUCAUAGAAGGCCUGAAGAAAUUCUGGGAGGUUAAAGACAUGGACUUCGGCUAUGAAGUAAAUGACUCGCUGAUGAGGUUCUUUGACCAAUGCAGAAGAUUUAUUGAAGAUGUGGACAAAAACAAGAUGGCCCUGAAAGAGGUUGAGUUGUUCAAGUCCUCAGAAGAAAUGAAGAGAGUCCAGAUAAAUAUUGCCAACCGACUACAGCUGCAGUACAGUAAAGUUACGCCAGAUUUGGUUGAGGCUGCGUUCUACCUGUGCUCCUAUGAGUUUUCCAUUAAAUCUGUUAACUCACCAUGGUGCAAUCUCUUCAAUGAAGUGGAUGCUAAAGUGCUAGAAUAUGCAAACGAUCUGAAACAAUACUGGAAGAGGGCCUAUGGUCAUGACAUCAACCGCAAAUCCAGCUGUAUUCUCUUUCACGAUGUGUUCAGUCGCCUGGACCAGGCAGCCAAUGAGAUAAGAUUUGGUCACGUGACCGAGGCCGUCACAGUGCAGGUGGGUCACGCGGAGACCCUCCUGCCUCUGCUCUCUCUUAUGGGCUUCUUCAGGGACGAGACACCCCUGACCGCUGACAACUACGUCCUCCAGGGGAACCGCACCUUCCACACCAGCCGCAUUGUGCCCUACGCUGCCAACCUGGUCUUCGUGCUGUACGACUGUGAGGAAGGCCUCAGGCUGCAGUUCCUGCUCAAUGAGAGGCCCCUGGCUUUCCCCGGUAUCGGCCACUCGGCCCCUCUCUAUGAGGCCGUCAGGGGCCGCUACGGGGACCUGCUGGAGGGGUGCAACUUUGAGGAAGAGUGCCAGGUCCCCAAGGCCAGCGGCAGCAAGUACACAGAGCUGUGAACCACCCGGGGCCCAAAGUUUGUGUGAGUGGAGUGGUGAAAUGGGCUUGGGGUGCAAGUACAGUCAAGAGGCAAUGCUUCCACCGCGUACACAAACUCACUCUCAACAAAGCAAAACAACAAAAAAGACUUUUUGGUUUUAUUUCCAUUACAUUCCUAAAUACAGCUUUAUCACUGCCAACAGAAUCUUUAUUUGCCUGUUCUCGAAGGAGUACACUGGAAAUUAAUUUAAAUUCUGGUUUUAAGAUCUUUGUAUUCUGUGUUAUGUGACUGGGGUAGAAUAGCAGUUUUUGUCACUCUACCUCUUAAAUCUAAACUUUAUCUGUACCAAAUAUCUGAAGUGAGAAGGCUUUAACAUGGCUGCAGAAAACAUUUCUCUUAUUUAAUCUGAUUGUUUUACAAAACUUUUAUUUAAUGUCAGGACACUUAAUGGUUCACAGCUAUUUCUUCACAUGGGGUUUACAGACCUUUUCCACAAAGUUUUGGAUUCGGUUUUUCAGUUUACCUUCACAUAUCCAAAUGAAAAACUUAUAAAGACACUUUAUGGCUAAUUGUACAGUGCACAAACUUACAAAAACUUGUGGUCAAUUAGGAAAUAAAUAACCAGGAUUAAGAAAUUUCAUCCUACAGAAAGUUUGAUCAUAUGGAUCAUAUAUUCAGCGUACUUACAGGAAAAGGAAACUAUUGAAUCAUUAAUAUUUCUUCUGUGAUUAAGAAUUAAGAAAAUUAAGGAAAUUAUUCAAGAUCUAAAAAAAAAUUACCUCUAAAUAUUUGCUCCUUAUAUGCAUUUAUUUUAUGCGUUAUUUUAUUCAUUGAUCUAUAAUGUAACAUAGAACAAAGCGAGAUAAAAUUCAACUAUUGUUUUAAAGAUGAUACGAUUCAGCAUUACAAGAAAAAAGUGUGCUCAGUUGAGAAAUACUAUGAAGUUCUUGCUGCAAGUUUGUGGUGUUAGGUAAUAGGCAAUAUAAGAGGAAAGAGUGUUGUCUGCAGACCAAAAGAGACAAGACACCAAGGUGCAGAAAAAAUAAUUAAUCACUCAAAUAUAGUGCUCAUUGUGCUGAAGUGGAUGAGUGUGAAACCAAUCUCAAAAGCAAACAUUUCAGCAACCAGCUUACAUCAGUGAGAUCUUUACGUUGGCACUGAUGAAAGCAGAUUUCUGAAAUAUUUGCUUUUGGUGUUUUCACAUUGAUUAACCUGAUCCCUCUGCUAAUUUAUUAUGAUUUAAGUGCAAGUUUGUAGCAAGUAUGCUUUACUCACAUACAGUUUGAUAAUGCAUUAAGUAAACAAACAAAGUACGUUCCUCCAUUAAUUAGCACAUGAACCUUAAAAUGAGAGGGCAAAAAAAUAAAAUAAAGUAAAAAUAUCCUGACUACUACAUAACCCUUUAGCUCACUGAUUAAUGUGAUUCAUUCACUUUAGUGCACCUAUCAAUGAAUAGAAAUCUAUCGUAGAAACAACCAUUUAAAAGGUGGCAAAUGCCAUUCUGUAACAAAAUACCAAUAUUGGACCUUAAACUUUCGGGAUAACUUAAGAUUUCGAAAUGAAAUCCCAGAGAAAAUGUUUGGUUGUAAAAACUAAGAUUUGAGCCCUUAAAACGUCAUUAAAAAAUUAUCUCCAGAAAGAAAGAAAAAAAUGAUGUGGAGUACUUCCUAGAGUAUCCCUUGGAACUGUUAAAUAGGCAUCUAUAAACCAUUUUUGACACUGACAUUACCUCGUGAGUAUUUGAAUAGAGCUUGGGUUGCUUUUGAGUUCAGUGGUUUUGCUUUGAACAAUAUUUUGUUGUUUUCAUCCUUUAUAGUGUUCUGAAAUGUAUUGUGCAUUUACAACAUUUUUGAAAUUGAUCACUUUUUUCACUUUUCCACCAUUCCGAAUAAAACCCCUGUAAUACGGUGAA